ACGACAAAUCCAUGAAAGCUUGAACAAUGAGAGGGCCAACCGGCCAUUAUCUCGUUUUUUUUAUUGGAAAUUUUUAAAUAGUCGAAACCAAAAGUUCUCUAAUUUGCUGUUUGUCCAAUUUGCAAACCCUUUUUCAGGUGGUCUGCAAGCCGAAAUCAUAUAUAAUGGCAACUAUGAUUACUUCGUCUAGGGGUGCAAGUCCUAUGCCUCGAAACCCUAGUGACUCAAGAAGAACCUCAGUCGAUACUGUUACUCGCUCUCAGGCUUCAUCUCCCGUGCGGGGUGGAUCGGGACCGCCACCAUCUCAGGCAGCGCAACGACGCAAUCGAGCAGCACUUCGCGACUAUUAUGGCCUCAGAUCUGCAGCUCCCGCGGACGUUAGUACUGACCAGCACCACAUAGACGCAGAGAUCAAGGACAGCGAGCUGGAUCGCGAGGGACUUGAGCCUGAAAAGUAUGUUCGAGAGCUUUUGGGGAAGGAGUCCCUUGAGGGCGUGCUCAAAGCUGAGGCCCGACUCGUCAAUGAGAUCCGAUCUCUAGAUGGUGAAAGAAAAGCACUUGUUUAUGACAACUAUUCGAAGCUUAUCACCGCAACGGAUACCAUCCGUAAGAUGCGAUCUGAGAUGGAACCUCUGACGCCUUCAACAUCCACACUUUCUCCUGCUAUCGCUCACAUCGCUGCCGUCUCAGAGGCUUUAGCAGCAUCACUGCAUGCGCAUGCCCCUCCGCCCACAGAGUCCGUGGGUGUCGGCAAGGAGGCUGAACAAAACACCCAUGCCGUUGGUGGGACUGAUCAGGAGAAGGCAAGACAGACGGUGCGCUGGGUUUUGAACACUCCUUUUCUUCUGCAGCAGAUGAUCAGCGAGGGACGCUCAGAUGAAGCGGAUCGGGAGUGGGAGGAUGUCAGGAAGUUGUUAGACAAAUGGAACGGAACUCCGGGUGUGGAGAAGGUCAGAAAGGAGUGUGAGAGUGUGCUGAGGAAGGAUGCUGGAACGUAAGAGACACGCGACGGUCGAGAUGAUCCUCCAUUCUUAUUCCAGAUACCCAUACGAGAAAUGUGUCGCAUGCCUGUCGAGUGUUUUCGGCGAUUCUCCUUUCCUCGAACCCUUACGCGUCCGAAUCGAUAUUCGAGUUCAUCGAUUGCACGAUGCCAUACGUGACAUGAG